GAGGAGUUUUUAUGUGUUUAUGGGGGAUGCGCGUUCCGGCGGGCGCGAGAAGAGGAGAGUGUGUGCAUGAGCAAAGCCUCUCUCGUUCACGACACGCUUUAUUUGCACUCUCCACCAUUCAAGGUGGAACUUCACCUUUCUCUUCCCCGAGGAGAAGUCUAAACAACAGGGAAUAUAUAUUCUGACGCAAACAUCUACGGUGUUCGAAAAUCAUGGCAGCCUCGUCGGCGAAAGUCGUUAGAAAGGAGAACUCUAAUCAUGAUGGAGCGGACGAGACCUCCGAAAAAGAGCAACAAGAAGCUAUUGAACACAUUGACGAAGUACAAAAUGAAAUUGACAGAUUGAACGAACAGGCCAGUGAGGAAAUUUUAAAAGUAGAGCAGAAGUACAAUAAGUUACGCCAGCCAUUCUUCCAGAAGCGGUCAGACCUCAUAGCUAAAAUCCCAAACUUCUGGGUCACUACAUUCGUCAACCACCCACAAGUUUCAGCCCUUCUUGGUGAGGAGGAUGAGGAGGCACUUCAUUACCUUACCAGAGUGGAGGUGACUGAGUUUGAGGACAUCAAGUCGGGUUACAGAAUAGAUUUUUACUUUGAUGAGAACCCGUACUUUGAGAACAAAAUCCUCUCCAAAGAGUUUCACUUGAAUGAAAGUGGGGACCCAUCUUCAAAGUCAACUGAAAUCAAAUGGAAGGCUGGAAAGGACCUGACAAAGCGUGCCGGCCAAACGCCGAACAAAGCUGGUAAGAAGAGGCAACACGAAGAACCAGAGAGCUUCUUCACCUGGUUCACAGAUCACUCCGAUGCAGGGGCAGACGAACUAGGAGAGGUCGUUAAGGAUGACAUCUGGCCAAACCCAUUGCAGUAUUACCUGGUCCCUGACAUGGAUGAUGAGGAAGGGGAAGGUGAGGACGAUGAGGAAGAGGGCUUGGAGGACAUCGAUGAGGAAGGAGAUGAGGAUGAAGGAGAGGAAGAUGAUGAUGAGGAAGGAGAAGAUGGGGAGGAUGACGGCGAGGAUGAUUAAGGCAGAAAAGGACAUAUUCCAACCUAUACCUUUGCCCAUUCUUUCCCUCUAAUCAUCCUUCAACGCUUAGGAGCAAGAAGCUUUGUUUUCAUUUUAUUUUUGUAUUAUUUUGUGCUCUGUCUCCUGUUCCACAAGCUUCCGCCUGUCCAUACCAUGUCUGAAGACGAGUAAAUUCCCAGAUCAGAAAACUCUGCCGUCUCGCGUGUCAUAAAACUACACAUGUCCAUGAAGACCAAUAAAAGAAAAGUACAAGCAUUCUGCACGUCAUCUUAGACUAAAAUAAAGUCGAAUAGCAAUUUAUAUGUAUGAUAAAUAAGGUUUCUGUUAACUUGUGAGUUGAAUAAAGAUAAGCAAUGGUGCAGUGAUAACUUAGCAUCCCUGGCCACAUUUUAUUUUCUACAUUUUCUUUAAUGCAGAGUUUGGGGGGGGGGGUCUUCUGGAGUUGACACAUUUUCUUCGUCAUGCGUUGUACUAACGGAAAGCACCGGCUUGUUCCUGUCAGCGAUUGUAAAUGUUUUGGGGUUGAUAUCUUGGUAUGACACGGUUAUUAUUGUAGACAGUUAAAUGGGGUUUGGUGGGGUAAGUGGGCAUUUGACACCUCAACAUUUGGGUUUAUGUUGAUUGACUUUUCAUUGUAAUGUUUUACAGACACCCGUGAGGUUUGAAAAUUACAUUUUUAAUAAAAACAAAACCCAAAAAAUGUAUUCUUGUAAUUUUGAGCUUGGCUAAUUAACAGGUUAUUUAAGAAAAAAGUAAAGUCCCUAUAGAAUCUCAUAGGAUAUACUAGUGAUCUCCACCUUUUCCACUGGAAAACUGUUCACAUUAACAUUUAAGUGUACCAGUUGCUUUGUUACAAUAAAUGUAUACACAAGUG